AAAUGGUUCAUACUGCCACUUGGAAUGUGUUGUUUGAACAGGUAUAAAGCCAAGGUUGGAGAUUUACUGCCACCUGUAGUUAUGGAAUGUUCGCUUGUGAGUAUAAUUCAUUGGCUGAUGGAAUUCUGUGAUCCUUCCUUAACCCAUAGGAGGUACCACCCAGUUGACUACUUCAAAAUGGUGAAAGUCCUCAAUGGCACUGCCCAUGCUAAAACAUGCUUAUGGUUACUAAAGUCCUCUUAUUCUCUAAGCGCGCCAGAGUAUACCUAAACAUGGGGUCACGUAUGUAUUCUAUCCCCCAAAAUGUUUGUUACUACUGUAUAAUCUUAGUUUACGUCCAUUUGCGCUACUCUUGUUGGAGCGAAGGGAUCCGGCCUUAAAGGUGAGGAGURAGUUGUUUURCCAGAGAAGCCAAAUAACAGAUGAGAGAAAUAAAUGGGUGAUGUGUGACUGACUCUCAUCAACAUAAUGCUGUACCCAAAACUAGGAUUAUGUGCCAGUUUCAUAUAGAAUGUUAUACCACCUGUUUUCUUCUCAGCGUGUCUUUCUGUUCUAUUUUUAAAGAUAGAUUGAAACUUGUAACUAUUUGUUUAGUUUUGGUUUCAUUCCACCAUAAACCGUUUUUUCCCCCUCCUUCCUGAAAUCACCAGAUUCUCACCUCAAUUCUGUCUGGGCAAAGUUUGUACUCAUGUUGUUUAAUGUACUUGUAUGUAUCAUGUUGGUAGAAUAUACAUUUUUUUCCAAUACUUUUGCCUCUUAAUUUCAAUGUCCACACAUUAGUGGAAUAUGUUUCUUAGCAGAAUGUCCUCUUUGACCUGUUCCUUGGCAGACCACUCGGGAGUUGCAGAAAAAGUUAAGUUAUUGCAGCAGAAAGUUGGCUACUCAAGCACUUAUUUUUUWAAAGCUUUAACUUGAUUGGUUGAUUUGCAUUCCAGGGAGGCAGUGUUUAGAAUUAAGAAUUCUUGUCUUUCUCUGAUUUGUUACAAAACGUACGUUAAUGUGAUUUAAUUGGCUUAUUCGCUUGUCAAUCAAAUACUCGGGCUCAAAUGCUUUGGAUUGGUCGCAGAACCCUGUCAGUCACAGACGGUCAGACUAGAAUAGAAUAGGACUCGUUUGAUUGGUAUGACGCAGAUGGACAGGAGUGUUUUUUUUUUUCGCAGUGUGGAAGUUACAAAUUCUCCAUCAAUUUCUGACUGAAACUGUUGCAAAGUUUUCAUGUGAACAGUUUCUCCACAUACGUUGUAGAUAUUGCGUAUCCAUUGCAUUGUAUGUUGCCCUUUUAUCUUGAUACAACCUACGCAAAUGGAAUGCAAACAUUAUAGUGUUUUAGUCUAAUUAGAUGUCGCUACUCUUGUCCCCGCCCCCACCCACAUUCCUGCCUGUCUGGUCUGUUCUGGUGUGGGUAGCAAACUGCAUCAAGGAAAAGGAGGAGGAAAAAGUCCAUAGAACUCUGUGCAAAGAAAAUAAACAAGACCCAACACGGGGCAGUCUUCAUCUAACUCUAUUUUUCACCUUUAAUAUUGUAAUUCGGAGAUAACUGCUUCGUUGGCAGCACUGCUGCGUAUAUUACGGCGUUGUAGUUACCUCAACUGCAUAACUACGUUUUUUUCACCGAAGUUGAAAUAACUGCGUGGACGGAGUAAAAAAAAAUAACAUUCUGCGGUUGAUAUCGCUGCAACGUGUGUGAAGGAGUGUAUUUGCUAUCUGCGCUGCAAAGUAUCAUCAUCAAGGGAACUGUCAUCUAACGACACAUUGGGAAUCAGAGCGGUCGCAUUGCCAAGGAUGGAAAUAUUGGACAGUACUGYGUCCUUUUUACACUGGGAUAGGAAUCUCAGUGAGCUGUCGGAGCCUGGGGAAAACGAACAUGUCUUAUACAGCACACACUUCACAGACCUCCUGGACGACUUUUCCCAGGAUGCUUUGCUGGGCCAGCUYCUGAGCGACCCCUUCCUGUCCGGCCGGGAAGGAGAGGCCAUGGAUGAGGGGGAGGAUUUUACCCCGUCCUCCCCGCUGCCGCCCCACAUCCAGGCGGAGCACUCCUACUCCCUGUGUGGGGACUCCCGGCCCCAGUCGCCCGUCUCACAUCUGCCUGGGGAGCAGGGGAGUGAUGCAGAAUCAGAUGGUGAGGAUUGGCCCGUGGAGCAGGAGGAACAGAUGGAGGUGUUGCUGUGUGACCCUCCAGCCCUGCUGCCCACCCUAACCCUCUCCCUGGCCCCCGAGGGCCACAUCACUGAGGCCCKGGCCCCACCAGCCCCCAGGCKCAACCCACAGACCGCCACACAGGGCAAGACCAGCAAGGCGAAGGAGAUUGGUGAGAUCCAGAUCAAACUGGAGCCUCAUGAAGUGGACCAGUUCCUCAACUUGUCUCCUAAAGGUCUGGAGUCUCUGCAGAUGCCACCCACCCCUCCCUCCUCCCACGGCAGUGACUCCGAGGGCAGUCAGAGCCCGGUACACGCCAGCACCCCCCAGAGCCCCUCCACCCCCUCCUCUCCCCUCAGCCCUGCGCCCUCCCAGGCCGGCCUCAAGGUGUCUCAGCGCACACCCUCCUCCCUSUCCAACUCCCCUCUUCUCACCGCCCCACACAAGUUGCAGGGCUCUGGCCCCCUCCUCCUGACAGAAGAAGAGAGGAGAACCCUGGUUGCCGAGGGUUACCCUGUUCCCACCAAGCUGCCCCUGUCCAAGGCGGAGGAGAAGGCCCUGAAGAAGAUACGCAGGAAGAUCAAGAACAAGAUCUCUGCUCAAGAGAGCCGCAGAAAGAAGAAAGAGUACAUGGACGCCCUGGAGAAGAAGGUGGAGAACUGCUCCAAUGAGAACAGRGAGCUGCGCAGGAAAGUGGAGAAUCUGGAGUGUACCAACAAGUAAGAGACAUACAUUACAUGGUGC